GCGAACCCAUUGUCAGUCGGUCGUCGGUGGUCGUGUGGUUUGCGUCUUGUUUCUAUCUUCCCUCUCCCUCUUGUCCCUGGUGUGUGUGUGUGUGGUGUGUGUGCGCGCGCGCGCGCGCGCCUCUCUCCCUCUCUCCUCUCCCUGCCGCUCACUCGCUCAUUCACUGGUCUCUCCGGCAUCCAGCAGCUGUUGCGCCUCUCGAGUUCCUUCCGGCGAAGAGCCUCGCCCGUGUGUGCCCGUUCUCGGCACGGUUCGCCGUUUUCCGCUCGCGAACUCGACGCUGCUACCGCAGUUGCCGUCGGUGCUCUGGGCAACCCGUGCGGAUUCUACGUGCGCGUAUCGUCCUCGACUACGGCACUCUUACGGGGACUCUCAGGCGGAUUCCCGCUCGCGAGUCGCCCGGACUCUCAUGAUAUUGGCGAUCCGCGCGAACGUGGGGGACAGAGAGACGACGGAGAAGCGCGGCAAGAGUGGAAUGGACGCAGGACGAAAGUGCGAGUAACGGAGUGCUCGUCGUCCCACCCGACGGCUCUUCCACUGGUCCAUAUUUUCUCUCUCUCUCUCUCUCUCUCUCUGUCUCGAGGACGACGUAACGCGUCGUCGUCAUCGUCGUCAUCGUGUCGUUGUUCCUGAUGCCGUCGUCGUGCGAGGGCGAGAGAGAAUGCAGAUUCGAGCGUCGCGACAACCGCGUCGGCGACUCGAGGAGCACCUCGAACCUCGGGAACGUUCCUCGCGAGUACCCACGGGGUCGUCCUCGUCGCCCUGCGGACCGUUGUGCUCGCGCGUGAGAGUGCGUGCCGUCGCUGCCGACUGCAGAUUUCGUCGGCCUCCACGGCGGAAUCCACGUUCUUUUCUGCCAGCUCGCUAGUCCUAUGAAUUUUCAGUGGGGAUGAAGCGCGUGUCGCGAGGGCGAGAGGAAGCGGACGCGGAGCAUUAUCGAGCCCCAUCCUCGCUAAUGGAACGCCCUCGUCGAGAGUGCCACCACCUCGUGCGGGCUGGGCAGUGCGGAUUACCGAGGCGACACUUACCCCAACGUCAAGUCAGCGUCCAUCGGUCCCAGGUACACCACCGACGGCUGUCGAACAAUGGGCUAGCGAGCGGGCGGUACCGGUUUGGACGGGUCGUGCCGCAGCAGCAGCAGCAGCAGCAGCAGCAGCAGCAGCAGCAGCAGCAGUGUCAUCAGGAUCACUGGCAUCAGCACCACCGUCAGCAGCGUCGUCCAGAGACGCGUAGCCUAGCAACAGCAGCGGGCCGUCUUGAAGUGAGAGGUCGGCCGAUGUCGCGUAACGAUGCGAUACCGCCGCUCACGCGGCACCCUUCCUCGCGAACGAACAAUGCCGCCGCUGGUAGCUUCACCAGCAGCGCCGCCGCCACUGCCGGCGGCGGUGGCGGCAGCGGCGGCAACGGCGGCGGCGGCGGCGGCGGCGGCGGCGGUGCCGACGACUGUGGCACCGGCGAGGACGCCGCGGAUCAUCACCCGCGUGUCGUCUUCGCGGAGGAGUGCGUGCACGAUCACAGUCGGCCAUUCCCGCCGCCUCGGCUACCGUCUGUGCCGCCGCCACCGCCACCCCCGCCGAACGUGACGACGACAACGACGACGACGGCGUCGGUACCCGGGACACCGACGUCCCGAAUAGCACCCCUUACCAUGCCCCUCACUCCGUUGUCGAGUUCCUUUCGGAGCAGGCCGGCCCUGCGUCGUCCGCAGAACGUGGACACGUCGAGCGACGCGAAUUCCAGGAACCUGCUGGCGUCACCCGCGGACGUCACGACGACGACGACGACGACGACAACGACGACGAUGACGACGGCGACAACGACGACGACGACAACGACAACGACCACAAUGUCGUCGUCGUCGUCGCCCAGAAGCCCGCUCGGCGAGGUGAGCUUAGCCACGCCACGACCCGACGGCGAGCGGACCAUCAACGAGUACGUCGAGACGCCGUUUAAGCACUCGUGCUGCAACCAAGAACGACGUCUCGACGCCGACAACAAGGUCGUCGGCGACUGCCCGAAGAUCGAGAGGAGGCACCACCAUAGCAACCAUCAGCACCUCAGUCACCACCAUCAUCACCACCUGCGGCUUCAUCACGAGACUGUGACGGACACCGCCUUGGUACCGACGCAUCGGACACGUGGCCGCGCGAGGAACCAUCACCAAGGUCUGCGUAGUGGCUUCAACGGCGGCGCCACCACCGGUGUCUCCUCCAUCGCCACGUCGGCGACGACGACAGCGCCGGCGACCGGCACCGCCGUCACCAAGCAGCCGGUCUCCUUCACCAAGGAACCCGCCAACAACCUCGGCGCACGGGCACCCUACGAUCCGGCCGGUCUGUCGAUCAUAUGUGACUUUUGCGACAAGUGCCGCUGCGAAUCGUGCCGUGAGCCGCCGCCUUUGCCGAGCAGGUGGCUCUGCGACAACACGUGCCUCUGUUCGGCCGAGACCAUAUUGGACUACGCCUCCUGCCUGUGCUGUGUGAAAGGUCUCUUCUACCAUUGCGUGGACGGCGGCAGCGGCGGCGUGGCUAGCGGCGUGGACGGCGAGGUCGGCGCGAGUUGCUCCGACGAGCCGUGCUCUUGCACCGGCCACCGCAAGAUCUCCAGGUGGGCCUGCCUGGGCGCCUUGACGCUCAUCAUGCCGUGUCUGCUGUGCUACUGGCCGUUCAAGGGCUGCGUCACCCUCUGCGAGGCGUGCUACGCGCGUUACGCGGCGCAGGGCUGCCGUUGCAACCCGAGCACGGUCGGUUCAGGCGCCGGCGGCAGGCACCAUCCGAUCGCCGGCGACAUCGGGGACUCCAGGGAUCCGGAGAAGAGGUUGUUGGACCCGGUCACGCCGGAACUCUGAGUGGAGAGGAGGCCUGUAAGGGUUGUAGGCUGUUGCAUGCUCCCGUGGUGUUCUCGAUGCGUGCGUUCGCCACCGGAGGAAGAAGGAGGAGGAGGCCUGUCAAGGACUUUGCCCUCUCCCCCCGUCCCAGGUGCGAUAAACACGUGGACACACCGCGCGGUCGGGGUGGAGAUCCAUUCGCCGCGUCGUCGGACGUCGGCAGGCUGCGUGCGUGCGUGUGCGGUCGCAGAGGGAGCAAGAGUGAAUUGCAUCAAGUACAACACCUGCAUUUAAGUCGAGGAGAACGAUACCGGAUUUUGACGAAACUGUACGUCUGACGUGUCGAUCGCGAAUAUCUUUAUUUAUUAUUCUUCCAUGAACGAAAAGUGCGUGCGCGUUUGUGUAUGCGUGUAUGUGUGUGCGUGUGUGUCUGUUGGGUGCGAGAGAGAGAGAG